AUGGCACCAGACACCUCAACGCUCCCUCCCCUGGCACCUCGGUACCAAAAGGCCAUCACCCUCAUUGACAAUGUCCACGCCACCGAUCCCAACAUGACCGAUGGGCCAGACGGCCCCAAGACGGUCCCCUACGAACUACACUACGCGCGAGAGAUGACGCGCUGGCUGGAAAAGAGGAAGCCCGACGCAUCUCCCGUGUUGCAAGUAGCAUGUCGAGCUCAACAUUUCCGCAGAUGGGGGAUCCCAAGGAGCAGCUUCCCCAUGACGCGGCCGGGAUACUUGACAUGGCGAGCCAAGUUGAAAACCCAGGCGGCAAAGCAGGUGGCUGAGCUGUUGUGCGGCAUCGACGACAUAACGCAGGAGGACCGAGACCGCGUGGCCGCCCUCAUACGCAAGGAGAAGCUCGAGUCAGACGAGGAGGUGCAGGUCCUCGAGGAUGUAGCCUGCCUCGUCUUCCUGGACGAUCAGUUCGAUGACUUUGAGAGCAAGGCUGCCGUAGACGAGGCCAAGAUGAUGCUGUCGUCUUGGAAGUUCGUCUCCAAACCCAAAUCACCCUGCUCAGCAACACCGACAAUGGCCUCGGGCACCAAACCCCCCCUCAGCACACUGAUAUCGACCCACGACUUCGAGCAAGCAGCAUCUCACACGCUAGCCCCCAAGACGUGGGCCUUCAUAUCAUCGGCCGCCACAGACCUGCAUACCAAGGCGCGUAACCGCAGAGACUAUGCCAGCAUCGGACUCCGGCCGCGGGCCCUCCGCGACGUAUCGACCGUGGACCUCUCGACGACGAUGCUAGGCCACGUGGUGCGCGUGCCCAUCUUCUGCAGCCCGGUGGCAAUGGCCGGGCUGGUCCACGAGGAAGGGGAGAAAGACAUCGCUCGCGCGUGCGGGGACAGCGGCGUGGCGCAGUGCGUGUCGACGAGCGCAUCGUUCCCUAUCGAAGACGUACGCAGCGCUGUCGGGUCUAUGCCGCUCUUCUUCCAGCUCUACGUCGACAGGGACAGGGAGAGGUCGCGUCGUCUGCUGCGGCGGGCACGCGACGCGGGCGCAUCGGCCAUAUUCCUCACCGUCGACGCUCCCGUCCCGGGGAAGCGCGAGGCUGACGAGCGCAUCCGGGCGGGCAACGGCCUGAGCUCGGGCAUGUCAGGUGCGACGGCAGGCAACGACGCCAAGGGCGGUGCGCUGGGCCGCACGAUGGGAGCGUGGAUCGACGCAUCCGUGUCGUGGGCCGACCUCGCCUGGCUGAGGAGCUGUGCGCCCGGUCUGCGCAUCGUGCUCAAGGGCGUGCAGACGUGUGAAGAUGCCGUCAUGGCCGCGCAGGCCGGCGUCGAUGCUAUCGUCGUGUCUAACCACGGCGGCCGCAGCCUCGAUACCGCAGCCUCGAGUAUCAUGGCCCUCCUCGAGAUGAGGGUCAACUGUCCCCAUGUGUUUGAUGCCAUGGAUGUCUUGGUGGACGGGGGCGUCACGCGCGGCACAGACAUCUUCAAGGCUUUGUGUCUUGGUGCCAAGGCCGUCGGCAUAGGGAGGGGCUCGCUGUAUGCUCUCAACUACGGGAGGGAGGGCGUGGCCAAGUAUAUCGAGAUCCUCCGAGACGAACUGGAAACUACAAUGAAGAUGUGCGGCGCCACAUCUAUCCAGCAACUUCACCCGGGAUAUCUCAACACUCUAGAAGCAGAGCAGAGGGUCCCCCAUCUGGACAGGAGACUGUUACAGGAUGUGUCGAAAGCUCAUCUGUGA